UAUACACUUUUCCAGGUGGGAAGGUUACUCCCGGUGAUCUUGGUGUGUUUACCCACGGUCCUCUGUCUCCCUGCGAACGUCAAGCAACAACAAGUGACAGCUAAAGACGAACCCCAAGAAGCUCCUCCUCUUCUUCCUCUUGUUCUAGAGGUAGGAGAGGCAGUCGUUCAGGCAGCAGAGAGGAUCGACCAAGAGGAAAGAGGAGGAGGAGAAGAAGAAGAAAAGCAACAAAAGGACCCAAUAACACCCGAAGCUACGAUCGUGGAGCCACAACAAGCGACAGAUGACGACUAUCGUCUCCGAAGGUCUCCGGAUCACUUCUUUUUCCAGAUAAUGGACUUCGACCACGCCUUCAGAUCCUCGGACCAAGAGCGAGACAUCCCGUUCAAAACCAGGAGCCAGUUCACCCCGCCGGAGCCGCGCUCCGCUCAGGAGAGGCGAAAGAAAUACGCCCUGGAGUUGGCCAGCAACAAGAUCGAGACGGGCGCCCACGCCAUCUUCGCCUUGCUAGACGAGCCUUUCUUCGACGAGUUCGACCACGCCAAGGCUAUGCUGAGUCUAGAGAGCAGGAGGAAGAAAGAGAGACUCCCUCUUCACUUCCUCAAGAGCCUCAGGCCUUUCUUCCCUUUCUAUAGCAAAUAUUGAUUAAGGAGAGUUUUGUACAUAUAUUUCAUUAAUAUUUUAAUGACGAGUUGCAGUAGAUUGUAGGUUUUUUUAAUCAUUUUUACUCAGGCUAGGAUACGUGACCAAUCUGAACUUAUUUGCAAGAGCUCUCUUAUGUUACAGAUCAUGAAAAAUAAAGACGUAUUUUUUUG